GCGACAUACACAGUGAAUCAGACUCAGUUGUUGUUUCGAGCUCUGUUUGAAGAGACGCGAGUGUCGACUUUUUCAGACAAUGCCAGUACACCCAGCGUUCGCGAACUCCGGCAAGAAGGCGGGACUCGAGGUGUGGAGGAUAGAGGAUUUUGAACCAGUCCCGGUGCCUAAGAACCAAUAUGGCAACUUCUACUGCGGCGACUCCUACAUUGUGCUGAAGACCACCGGCUCCCAAUCUCUGAGCUGGGACAUCCACUUCUGGCUGGGAGACCGGACCAGCCAGGACGAGGCCGGAGCGGCCGCCAUACUCGCCGUCAACCUCGAUGAUGAGCAGUUCCACGGCCUGGCCGUCCAGCACCGGGAGACGCAGGGACACGAGUCCAAGCAGUUCCUGAGUCUGUUCGAAACGCUGCGGUACCUGGAUGGCGGGCACGCGUCGGGCUUCAACCACGUGACCAUCAAUGCCGGCGCCGACAAACGCCUCUUCCAGAUCAAGGGCAAGAGGCACGUCCGCGUCAAACAGGUGGAGGCAUCCAUCAACUCCAUGAACAAGGGCGACUGCUUCGUGCUGGACGUGGGCGACUCCAUCCUUCUGUACGUGGGCGAGAACUCGCAGGGCGCGGAGCGGCUGCGCGCCAUCGCCGUUGCCAACUCCAUUAGGGACCAGGACCAUAAUGGACGAGCUCAGGUUGACAUUAUUGACCCGUACUCGAGCGAGAGCGACGUGAGCCUGUUCUUCACGGCACUGGGAUCCGGCGACCGCGACUCCGUGCCCGACGCCGAGGCCGGCGGCGACGAUGAGGUAGACGAGGACUUUGAGCGCGGAGCUACCAAGGAGGUGCACCUGAACGAGAUCUCCGACAGCACCGGACACAUGCAGGUCAAGAAAUUGACGCCGCCCUACACGCAGGAACAACUCGACUCCAAGGAAUGCUACAUCUUGGACACGGGCAGCAGUCUGUACGUGUGGAUCGGCAAACAUUCCAAUCAGAGGGAGAAGGCUGAGGCGAUUCAAAAAGCACAACAGUACCGGGAAGCCAACAACUAUCCGUCAUGGGUACACAUCUCAAAGGUAGUGGAAGGCGCCGAACCAGCUGCUUUCAAACAGUACUUCGAGAAUUGGAACUGAGAAGAUCAGAAGACCGGUAGAUCGGCACACAAGAACAUACGGCAUUUAUAUUUUACACUUUGUUAUAGAUUUAUAAAUGUAAGAUUUAAUAUUUUAUUCU